AGGUGCUCCGCCCUUUGCUUGCAGUGCCGGUCCUGGCUCGGUCCGCUGGCCCAGAAGAGGAGGGACCGGACACCGCACCCAUCACCCUCGUGGCCGGCGGUCCGUGACGCACCAUGGGGUCUUUUGCGUCCAAGGCUGCCCUCGGGGCUACCACCGACGAGCCCACAGAACCCGAGCCGAAACACCUGGCAGAUCUAAUACAAUACGUAAACGAAACAAAUAUGAGUGUUAAACAUCUGGCUGAUGUUCUUUCUGAGAAGGUCAGGAGCAGCAGCUGGGUGGUAGUGUUUAAAGCCCUGGUCACUGUGCAUCACCUCAUGGUUCAUGGAAAUGAGGUGAGCGUGCUGUAUAUUCAUUCAGUGGGUAAUCAUUUCCUUCCUGUUAGCUCAAAGGACUGUCAGUACCCAAUGGCAAAAUAUUCUUGGUUUGUCAAGGCUUGCUAUCUUUUACUUUGCAACACCGGUCCACCUCUCCCCACAUACAAACACUCUUUGUAUUUUACAGAACUGACAUUGUUCUUUAACGUGAAAUUACUUACUCUACUUUAA